AUGUACAGCAUAUUGACAUGGCACAAACCAGAGGAGUUGAAUUUAGAAAGAUUUUGGGAAUUAGAGUCGUUGGGAGCAGAUAGCAAUACGACGGAUGGUGAAACAGUAGACUUUAAGGAAACAGAUCAAAAGUCAGCCAUUGAAUUCCGCGAACACAAGUACAUUGCAAAGUUGCCAUGGAAACCAGAUCACGAACCCUUGCCCACCAAUGUUACGAAACGAAGAACUGAAAACGUCAUUCGAAAAUUAAGUGAAGAUCCCAAAAUGCUUAAGGUAUAUGGACAGAUAAUCAAGGAUCAAGAACGCCGAGGAUUUAUUGAGAAGGUUAAGGAUUUCAAUAUUAGUAAAGGUAUUGUACAGUAUAUCCCGCACCAUCCCGUUAAGAAGAAAUAUACGAAGUAA